UGAUUGGUCGAAACAACGCGAAAAAUUUGUUUCCUUUUAAUACAAUAAAAUUUCGACGAUUGAAAAUAAGUUCGAGAUAUUUGUCGUUGACGCCUGUUGACGCCCCGAUUAUUAGAUAUCGAAUUAAGUUGAAGGAAUUGCCGGAUCUGACUCAGCCAGAGGGGAUCAGGUUUAUUGAAUUCAUCAACUCGUAAGCUGAAAUCGCUGGAAUAGUCAAAUUAGUGAACUGGAGUUUGCUGGUUGAUAUAUCGUGUUGUUUCAUAUCUUCUUUCUACUACUCUUUGCCAAAUAAAAUAGAAAAGUACAAAACAAAUUUUGACAACUUUGUAAUAGCCGAGUAUCCAACGUGAAUGCGAAUGUUGAAUCGAAAUUUGUGAAUUAUCUUUCGCAAGUAUGUCGGGAACACUAAAGCCCUAUUUGACAGCAGUUAGGCGUACGCUUACUGCUGCUAUGUGUCUGGAAAACUUUUCUUCUCAAAUCGUUGAAAAACAUAACAAACCUGAAGUAGAAGUAAGAGCGAGCAAAGAACUGCUUUUAACACCUAUCUUGAUAAGUAGAAAUGACAAGGAAAAAGUAUUGAUUGAAUCCAGUAUAAACAGUAUGAGAAUAAGUAUUGCUGUCAAACAAGCUGAUGAUUUAGAAAAAAUUCUUUGUCAUAAUUUUACAAGAUUUAUGACAAUGAGAGCCGAACACUUUAUGAUACUCAGAAGAAAACCAAUAGAGGGUUAUGAUAUCAGUUUCUUAAUUACUAAUAUUCAUGUAGAACAAAUGUACAAACAUAAAAUAGUAGAUUUUGUUAUUCACUUUAUGGAAGAAAUUGAUAGAGAAAUCAGUGAAAUGAAAUUAUCAGUUAAUGCCAGAGCACGCAUAUGUGCAGAAGAAUUUCUAAAAAGGUUUUAAUGUGUUUAUUAUCGACCAUUACCAAUAUAUCAAUAAUUAGGAGAAUCAUGAGAUAUACAACAACGAUGUUGUCCAAUGGGAUUAUUAUACAACUUUUAAAAAUAAUUUUUGGACAAAACAUUAGGAGACAUUUUUAUAAUGUAUCUAGUAAUGUAUCCUUAUGCCACUUACAUUAUUUCAUGUUAAAUGGAUUGGUAUAUAAAUCAUUACUGUUAGAGACUUGAUUGAAAUCUUGUUAUAUGCAAUAUAGGUAAUAUUAAAAAUGAGAAUAUUACUUAAACUUUUGUAAAGAAUAUUUUUCAGGUAUUUGUUUAUAAUGAAACUUGUAUAAAUCUGAAACUAAGAAUUCAUAUUGAAUAAAUUAUGAAAAAAUGA